UUAUAUAAAGACAUAAUGUGCACCCUCCACCUUAUCAAACAUAAAAGUCAAUCAAAGGCAUAUUCCUCUUCUUCUCAUAAGCCUUUUUUCCACAUUCAGAUUCAAGAAUCCAUGGCGAUCAAGAAGCUCCUCUUCGCUUCACUUCUAAUAUGCUCCAUGAUCCAAUCCAGUCAUGGUGCUACCAAAGAGAGACUAUUCACCGACCUGGAGAAAGGUGCACUUGAGAUCACCGCUACACCCAGCAGAACUGGAGAAGGUGUCGUUUUGGCUGCCGGAAUUGAUAAGUUGAGCAUUACAUGGAAGGUAAGCUCGACGGCUACAAAGGAGCCUGAAUUUAAGACAAUUAAAGUAAAGCUAUGCUACGCUCCGAUCAGCCAAGUGGACCGACCAUGGCGCAAGACGGAAAAUGAGCUCUUCAAGGACAAGAGUUGCCCACACAAGAUCUCUUCAUUUUCUUAUGACCCCACUGUCAAAACCGCUCAAUCAUUCGACUAUACCCUCGAGCGCGACAUCCCUACAGGGACCUACUACGUUCGUGCCUACGCAGUUGAUGCCAAGGACCACGAAGUUGCCUUUGGACAGAGCACAAACCAGGACAAGACAACCAAUCUCUUCAGCGUUCAGGCUAUUAGUGGCCGCCACAAAUCCUUAGAUAUUGCCUCUGUCUGUUUCAGCGUCUUCUCCGUCGUGGCUCUGCUCGUCUUCUUUGUUAACGAAAAGAGGAAGGCCAAGAUAGAGCAAAGCAAAUGAGCCACGUUAGCGUAAUUGCGAUGUUCAACAAAAAAGGCGUUGACUUUAAAUUAUCUUUUUCUAUCAUUGCUUUUGUUUUGUUGCGUUUUUUUUUUUGCUAAAACAAGCUUACUUCUUUCUUCUUCUUUCUUCUUUUCUUUGUACCUUUACUUGCGUGUUUGUAUCGUUAUAUAAGUCACUAAUGUGGGACCAAAAAGAAACUAAUCCUACGGUGUGAUGUGUUAUGUGUUUUCUAAAUUCUUAUUACAAAAAUUUGAUAUAUCGAUAUAAACUUUGUUUGAUGGUUCUGGAUAAA